UCUCUGCCCCCCACGGGGGAGGUCAUGGUCCUGGCUCUUGGCCGAAAGCGACAGAGGCUGCUACUCUUUCUCUCUGUCCUGCCCAACCUCUUCCUGUCCUUCCUGCUCUCCUCCGACCCCCUCCUCACUCUCUCUCCACCCCACCGCUGCCGGCUGCCAGUGCCUUCGCCGUCACCGCAGCUCCUCAACUCCUCGUUGCCAUGGGAGACGGGGUCGCACCCCGGCGACCCCGGCCACUGGUCCCAGUGCCAGCAGUACGAGUUUGUAAACGGCAGCCAGGUGGGACUGGAGGCCUGUGAGAGCGGCUGGGAGUACAACGUGACGGAGGGCCUCAGGAACAACAUCGUUACCGAGUGGGACCUGGUGUGUGGUCAGUACUGGCUGGUGCCAGUGGAGGAGGUCUGCUUCAUCCUGGGCCUGCUGACGGGCUUCCUGACCCUGGGCUAUGCGGCUGACCGGCUGGGCAGGCUGAAGACUCUCCUGGCUUCACUCUCGCUGUCUGUCAUUUUUGGAGUGCUGGUGUGCGUGUGCCCCUCGCCCGCCGCCUUCAUUGUCACCCGCUUCUGCCUCGCCGCAGUCACUGCUGGAGUCUUCCUCACACUUUAUGUCACGCGUGUGGAGCUCUGUGACCCAUCGCUGAGGCUGCCGGUCACCAUGGCGGCAGGCCUGACAACCGUUGCUGGGGAGCUGCUGUUGCUGGGCGUGGCUCUGGGCUGCCAGUCGUGGCGGGGGCUGCUGGGAGUGGGGGUGGCGCCGCUGUCUCUCUUCCUGAGCUACGGCAUGCCUGGGGUGUUUCCUGAAUCGCCCCGCUGGCUUCUCCUCUCCGAGCGGCCGUCGGACCUGCACUCCUUCAGCGACCGCCGGGAGCGAGAUGACGACAGCUUCACAGAGCUGGAGUCUGAAGCCCCUCCCUCUGGCCGCCCCCACCUGUCCUUCCCUGAGCUUCUGCGCAGCAGGAACAUCUGGAAGAACCUCUGUGUGCUGGGAUUCACCUCGUUCAUCUCGCAUGGCAUCAACCACUGUUACAGUUCGUUCCGCGGUGACGUCAGAGGCACCGCCCCUAGCUUCUAUUGGACGUACCUGCUUUCAGUCUGCGCGGGGGGUGGUGCUUGGCUGCUGCUAUGGGCCACCGUGGACCGGUGUGGUCGGCGCGGCAUCCUUCUGCUCACAAUGACCAUGACGGGACUGGCUUCGCUUAUCCUUUUAGGGCUGAUGGAGUACCUGACUGAGUCAGCCAUCACGGUCUUCUCCGUGCUGGGCUUGUUCUCUUCUCAGGCCGCGGCCUUCCUGUCCAUCCUCUUCACUGCGGAAGUCAUUCCUACAGUUAUCAGGGGCAGUGGGGUGGGCGCGGUUCUGGCCCUGGGUUGUGUCGGCCGCCUCAGCUCACCGCUCAUGGAUCUACGCAAUCGCUACGGCUACUUCCUGCAUCACGUAGUGUACUCCUCCCUGGCGCUCCUGGCUGUCCUCUCCAUUCUCCUUCUGCCUGAGAGCAAGAGGAAGCCCCUGCCCCAGACACUGGCCGACGGGGAGCAAUACCGGCGCCCCCCGCUGGGCCGGAGGAGGAGGGACAACGUGCCCCUACUGGCCACGCCUAACCCAGAGACCUAGCGCCUGCUCAUAUUGUCCCUAUGGCACAGGGAUUGGAAGGCUUUGCUGUCCGUCAAAGCUGAGCGAUGCAUGAAGGAGGACGGAGGUGGGGCUAUGUAAAUACACAGCCUAUGGCUGACGCUCCCAGCAGCACGGCACUUUCUGUUAACCUAUAACAUUGCUUCCCCUCGGCGCCGCCCCCAUGCCUUUCUGAGAGAUGCUGCACUGUUUGUGCCCGACAUGUCCUGAUGGGCUGCCGCAGUACUGACAGGCCUGUGUUCUAGAGGUCAACAUGACGCUUCUUCUGGAAGUUUCCGGGCCCCCCCCCCACUUCCUGGCUGAUUCCACUAGGAUGGUGUCACAGUAGAGAUAAUGGGAAUCAGGAUACCCAUAAGAGCAUCGUCCGUGGGACAUCUGUGUCGAGGCUCUUCACCCUGCGUAGAUGCCAGGCUUAUGAGUUCAUCAGCACCUCAUUCUUGUGGGUUCUUUCAGGGAUUGGGAGGGGUUGCCAUAGUCCUGAUGUAGCAAACGGAAGUACAUUAUGUCCCAAAUGCUGGAAAAUUCAGAUUCGGAACCAAAGAUUGUCCCUCUGAAGAGCCUGUAGUUCCGGUCCAGUCUGCUUCCUUUAUGUGUUUCCAAAGCCCAUUCCUGAAGUGUCCUGUGUUCGCAUUUGGGUUCACUGGACCUUUGAACAUUCCCAUGACAAACGGCUGUGGAUCUCUGGUUGGGUCUGGUGGAAUAUAAUCCCGUCAUUGCCCUGCAUUUCCUGCAAAUUAGGUCACAUUUUCUUAGUGAAUAACACAGAUCCAGAAAAGCAUUUUGGUGUGCUGACCUGCAUGCAGAACACCUGGCUGCCGGUACCUGCUGCACUCCCUCCAGCCACAUGGGGGCGGUGUGUUUUAAAGGCCUUUACUUCAAUGUUGGGGGUUCGGUGGCUGAGGGGCCACUUCAGGGGGCUUCUUUUAACAUAAAUGAAGGUAUUAAAGGGAAUGAGGACCCCCCCACACACUUAGACUCAACGGUUUGUCAUAUUUCUUAGUUCCAUUUUGAUGACCUUGCAUUUUCUAAACAGUAGUGACAAUAAAAGCUAACAAUGGUAAUACAGUGUAUGGCUACUGUGGUAAUUAUUCUAAAUUAUAACCAUAAAGUAAUAACAGUGAUGUAAUUAUGUUGGUAAUUAUCUGAUCUGAUUUAAUUCAAAAUAAAAGCGUGAAGUCUU